UGAAAGAGUCUCACCUGGUGUACUGUUGCACACAGCCUGGCUGAGAGCUAGUCCCUCUGUUUUCAAGCUACUCCGUCUUUCAACUUCGCACUCCUUUCCUAGAUGAGAGCAUCAUAGACGAUGGAUGGACGACACACGCUGCCAAGGCUGAGUCGAAGGAGAUUCCAAGAAUGGAGGCUAUUUAAACCGUGCUGUUUUGAACAUUUACGCAUCUCAUGAUAAUUUAACAAUCAGAAUUAAUUCCAUUUUGUUCUCUCUUUCUUUAUGGGAAGGAAAUAUAUACGGAACCUACACAGCUCUUUUCACAUUUGACUGUUGGCUUUGUCAUAACCCUUCGUUAGAUCAAUCCAAAGCCAUGGGCCUCACCUAUCGCCAUGCCAUUUCUGUGGUUCAAUUGAUCAUUUUUAUUCCCUCCUUGUUGCCUUCACUCAUCUUUGUAUGGCGGCAUGGGUUCUCCAGAAGCGCGGGUUUCAUUUUUCUGGUCAUAUUCUGUCUGCUACGCAUUGUCGGUGCAAUAUGCGAUCUGGUGACUAUCAGUGACCCAUCUUCGACGGGCCUGUACAUUACAUCAGCUGUGUGCAGCUCAAUUGCGCUUUCACCGCUGAUUAUGCUUUGCAACGGGCUCCUAUCCCGAGUGAACAUUUUUAUCCCUGAACGAUUUGGACUCUUUAAUACCAGCCUUCUUCUCCGUCUUCUGAGACUUGUCUCCAUUGCUGGAGCAAUCCUCAGCAUUGUAGCCUUGACGAAAAAUAUGUCCAUGGAAGCCCUGAAGCACCCCGGCUCGUUGAUCAAAAUUGCCAUGAUCCUCUUCAUUGUGGCAUGGGUAUUACUCCUUCUUGCCCUGGCCAUUCUCACUCGACAUGUCUCGGUGAUUCAGGCAGGCGAACGCCGCAUACUGCUCGCUGUGGGACUCUCGGCGGCUUUUAUCCUUGUGCGCCUCAUUUACGCGAUACUGAUUUGGUUCGCGACGAGCUCGGUUUUCAGUUUAUAUAAUGGAAACAACACUGCAAUGCUCAUUAUGUCUGUUAUGCCGGAGUUCGCCGUCACCAUUGUCUGCCUAGGUAUGGGGUUGACGUUGCGUGUUCGAGAACCCGUGGCUGUGGAGGAGCAGCAAUGCCUGGACUUCAGGCCGUCUCAAGGAGCCCCUACACGGGAAUACCAACGGGUCCAAGGGCUGAGAUAUGAUUUGCCAGAUGGUGUACAGCGCUGUUGAAUGCUCGAAGGCGAUAGAAAUAGAUAAGGGGUGGAUUGGUCUCUGGUUUUCGUUUCUUUUGUCUUUUCUUCUUUUGUUCUUGGGCUAUUUUCCCUCAUGCUCCUAAGUUCAUCCCAUCAACCAUUAUAGAAAUUGCCCAAUUCAAAAU